AUGCUGGUGAACACGACCACGUUUCUCGCCUCCCAGAUCCGCAACUCUCUCUCGGCGACCGCCCAAUCCACCAACGCCAUCUACGUCUCCCUCAAGUCCACCCUUGGACUCGCCACUUCCUCCUCCUCUUCAACCGACCACAGCCAGGAAGUAAGCGACGUCGAUCAGCACCAACACGGACAGCAACGGUCGCAGAGUCAGAGUCGACAUGCACAGUACCCAUCGCUGCAAUCACCCUGGAGGGGUCUGUUGGAGAAUCGGAUAAAACAGAAUUACGAAUACGCCAUGCCCGUUGUUAGUUCUUGUUAUUCUGCGCCACGACAUCCCAUUGUGCUCUGUCAUGGCCUGUUUGGGUUUGACAAGAUGGGACCUGAUACGAUCCCACAUUUGCAGAUCCACUACUGGAAGGGUGUUCAGAAGGCGUUGACAAAGUUGGGUGCCAAGGUUAUUGUUGCCAGUGUGCCCAAGACGGGAUCGAUCAAGAAGCGAGCAGAGGCACUCCACAGGAUGCUGACCAACACCGUCGAGGGCAUGCAUGGCGGACUGGACUGCAGGUACCUGAUCAGCCACAUCCACGAUAAGAACUACGAUGUCAAAUCCCUCACAACACUCUCCACACCCCAUCGAGGCAGCCCUGUCAUGGACUGGUUCAGAGACAGUAUCGGAGUCGGACACCUCCAACACGCGGAGGAAGAAGCCAUGCGGAAACUGGGCGAGGCUGCGCGGCUGUCCAAAGCUGCGGCUCUGGACCUUCAGGAAGCCUUGAGAGCAUACCAGACUGCAGGUGAAUCCACUUCUUUCGAUACGACGACUAUCCCUCCACCUUUCUCGUACUCCAACCAAUACACGUCCACGGGAUCCUUUGCAGGUCCUCCACCACCCCCACCUUCCCAAUCCAGCGGCAACCCCAUCAUCAGCCCAUUGCUGAACCGCUUGAUCCCAUACGUAGACACCCCAGCCUACGCCAACCUGACGACAGACUACUGCCAGAACGUCUUCAACCCCAACACCCCCGACGAUCCCCGCGUCUCCUACUAUUCCUAUGGCGCCGCUGUCAAACAGAUCCCUGUCUGGGCACCACUGGGAAUCCCAUGGGAGAUCAUCAAGGCGAAGGAGGGCGAGAACGAUGGUCUGGUGUCGACGCAUAGUGCGCGAUGGGGUCAUUAUGUCGGCACUGAGGACGCGGACCAUUGGGAUCUGAACAAUCGGUAUAGGUUGAAGAUUGGAUAUGACCAGAAACCCUUUGAUGCGAUUGAUUUCUAUAUGAACAUCGCUACUCUCAUGUACAAAGAGGGUCACUGA